AUGCACUCCAGUCUGCUCAACCUCAGAGAUUUGGUAUUCGGCGGUGACCUUGCAGGAAUCCCAGAUGCGGUGGACCAGUGUCUAUACGACAUCCUGGACCAAUACGACCACUUCCAGAUGAUAGUGUUUACAAGGCUGCUGGAGAUGCUGCUGGAUACAGACAUGUCUUCCAAGGCAUCAAGAACACUGAAAAUCAUAGAUCUGAUCAAGUUUCCCGUCAAGAAGGCCAUGGGAUGA